UUACUUUCGAAAUACAUGGUUACGUUGAUUCAGGCUGUGAUUUUUCUGUCUUGUAAGAGAUGCAGCGUAUCUACGUUUAUACAAAAUCCAAACACAAACUAGGACUGUUACAGUCUGCUACUAACAAUACAGAAGCAUCGUUACUGAGAUAAAGAAUACAACUCAAAUCAUUGAACCGGAUCUUGAACCAUGUGAUUUGGUUAAACCAUUAGUUAACCGAACUCCAAUCUAUAUUUGUUUAUUCGCCAAUGUUGAGUAUCGCAGAAAUGAUGAGAGGCGCCAUUUUUCAAAGAUUUAGAUUUCGAGCAUUCUCCCUCCCCUGCCUUGAUUCUUACGUUGUUCAUGGGAGUUGCUACAGAACCUUCUCAGCUGCCACAGAGCUCCGGAGUCGCGAAGUUUCGAUAUGUAAUCACUUGCAAAACCGUAGACUCGACGAGGCUCGAGAUGUUUUUAACCAGGUUCCGUCUCCUCGUGUGAGUCUCUACACCAAGAUGAUCUCUGGAUACGCGAGGAGCAACAGAUUGGUUGAUGCGUUGAAUCUGUUCGACGCAAUGCCUGUGAGAGAUGUUAUCUCGUGGAAUUCGAUGAUAAGUGGCUGUGUGGAGUGUGGGGAUAUGGAUACCGCAGUGAAGCUGUUCGAUGAAAUGCCUGAGAGAAGCGUUGUUUCCUGGACAGCGAUGUUGAAUGGGUUUCUUAGGUCGGGGAAGGUUGAGCAAGCGGAGUGGUUGUUUUAUCAGAUGCCUGUGAAAGAUACUGCAGCUUGGAACGCCAUGGUUCAUGGGUAUUUACAGCUUGGUAGAGUAGACGAUGCUUUGGAGUUGUUUGAGCGAAUGCCUCGGAAGAAUGUGAUUUCUUGGACCACAAUGAUCUGUGGGUUGGACCAGAAUGAAAGGAGUGGAGAAGGUCUUGUUUUGUUCAAGAACAUGCUGGGUUGUUGCAUUAAGGCGACUUCAAGAACAUUCACUUGUGUAAUCACUGCUUGUGCAAAUGCUCCAGCGUUUCAUAUGGGUGCACAAGUUCAUGGUUUCAUCAUCAAGUUGGGGUUUUUAUCUGAGGAAUACAUGUCUGCUUCGCUUAUAACGUUUUAUGCAAACUGCAAAAGAACAGAGGAUUCAAGGAAAGUUUUUGACGAGAAGGUUCGUGACCAAGUUGCUGUGUGGACUGCUCUAUUGUCAGGUUAUAGUCUGAACAAAAAACAUGAAGAUGCCUUAAGUGUUUUCUCAGAGAUGUUGAGAAACAGUAUCUUACCGAAUCAGUCAACAUUUGCUAGCGGAUUAAACUCUUGCUCUGCUUUGGGAUCAUUGGAUUGGGGUAAGGAGAUGCAUGGCGUUGCAGUGAAACUUGGUUUAGUAACUGAUGCCUUUGUGGGUAAUUCUCUAGUUGUCAUGUACAGUGACUGUGGAAAUGCAAAUGAUGCCGUUAUGGUGUUUACUGACAUCUUAAAGAAGAGCAUUGUCUCUUGGAAUUCAAUAAUUGUUGGCUGCGCGCAGCAUGGACGUGGUAAAUGGGCCUUUGUCAUAUUCGGUCAAAUGAUUAGAUUAAACAAAGAGCCAGAUGAGAUUACUUUCACUGGCUUGCUCUCUGCUUGCAGCCACUGCGGGUUUCUACAUAAAGGAAGAAAGAUUUUCGAAUACAUGUCAAGAGGACCAAAUCACAUCGAUAGAAAGAUUCAACACUACACUUGUAUGGUAGAUAUCUUGGGAAGAAGCGGGGAACUGAAAGAAGCAGAGGAGCUUAUCGAGAGCAUGCUUGUGAAACCUAAUGAAAUGGUUUGGUUGGCUUUACUCAGUGCUUGUAGGAUGCAUCAUGAUGUUGACAGAGCCGAGAAAGCUGCUGCUGCCAUUUUUCAGCUGGACUCAAAAUCAAGCGCUGCUUAUGUCUUGUUGUCUAAUACAUAUGCUUCUGCUGGUAGAUGGUCGAAUGUAUCGAAAUUGAGAAUAAAGAUGAAGCAGAAGGGGAUAAUGAAGAAAACGGGGAGCAGUUGGGUUGUGUUUAAAGGGAAAAAGCACGAGUUUUUCUCAGGUGAUCGACCAGAUAGCUUGAGAAUAUAUGAGAAGUUGGAGUUUCUGAAAGAAAAGUUGAAGGAGCUUGGCUAUGUACCUGAUUAUAGAUCUGCUUUACAUGACGUUGAAGACGAACAGAAGGAAGAGAUGUUGUGGUAUCACAGUGAGAGGCUUGCUAUUGCGUUUGCGUUGGUUAAUACAGUCGAAGGAAAUGCAGUCACAGUUAUGAAGAAUCUACGAGUUUGUGAAGAUUGUCACGCAGUGAUUAAGCUGAUCUCAAGAGUUGUGGGACGUGAGAUUGUUUUAAGGGAUCCAACUCGGUUUCAUCAUUUUAAGGAUGGGAUAUGUUCUUGUGGGGAUUAUUGGUAGACAAGCGACCAGAGAAGGUUACAACUUUGAUUCUGUGAUGUGAGAAACUUUAAAUUUUACUAAAAUAUGGUUAUGAUGUCAAAUCUACAAGUCUAUUCGAAAUCCAGUGAAGGAGCAUUCUGAGCGUGAAUUAAAAGGAUGUGGCAUGCUGCUUCCCGAGAACGGUCAAGCCCUGGGUAACCGACCUUGUAAUGGAAACAUUCUUCACAAGUUGGUGGAGGAAACACAAGCAACAAUGCUGACUUUGGAGGCCAUGACACCGAACACAGCCAAGAGUGUGGAGACAGCGCUGUAGGGAGAAAUCCAGAUACUCUUUCACAUGUUUGUGAACUGAUGAAGAAAAUGUUGUUAAUGAUGGAUGCCAUGAGACUGAGCAAAGUGACGAACUUGUAGUCAGCGUUGUAGAGGCACUGAGAAACAGCAAGCGAAUGCGGGUAAAAACAGAAUACUCUUUCAUAAUUUAAAUUACUGGUCAUCUUUUGGUGCAGAUUACGUGAAAACAUUGAAAAAAGUAUGUAGGGACUUGGUGAUAUAUGGCGUUGAUUAAGUCAUCGAAUAGGACAACUAGCGUGUGGAAAAACCGGAGAACAACAACGACGAAACUGCUAGCCAGGACGAACGUGAGGCUAUGAUACUAUCUCCUCUGAUAUUUUAUCUUUCUAUUCAGAAUAUAAAAUCACGAAGCUGCCUCUGAGUUUCCUACACACACACUCUCUCUCUCUCUCCCUAUGGCAUCUCCAUCUUCUUCAUCCUCCUCUUCUCCCAAUUGGCGAUACGACGUCUUUCCGACCUUUAGAGGAGAAGACAUCCAUAAAAACUUCCUCAGCCAUUUUCUCAAGGAGCUGGAAAGGAAAAUGAUCGUUGCUUUCAAAGACAUGGAGAUGAAGAGAAGCCAGUCUAUCUGGCUCGAGACUGUACAGGCCAUUAGAGAAUCGAGGAUUGCAGUGGUCUUGUUCUCCAAAAACUACGCAUCUUCAAGCUGGUGUCUGAAUGAACUGUUGAAGAUCGUGAGGUGCAAAGAGGAGUUGGGCCAAAUCGUGAUUCCCGUUUUCUACGGUUUGGAUCCUUCCCAGGUGAGGAACAGAACGGAGACUUUGGGAAGAUCUUUAAGAAGACUUGCCAGAACCAAACAAAAGAAGUGAAAAAUCAGUGGCAGAAAGCGUUGACUGAUGUAGCUAAUAUCCUCGGAUUUCAUUCUGAGAACUGGAGAAGAUAAUACUGAUAACAAGAGAGGAUGUGUUAUUAGAAGGAAAAAGAACGGUGUGUUUACAAUCGAUCGAAACGAUCGUUUAUAUAGAAGAAAAAUUCACUGUGCAAAUAGUGCAGCGGGCUCCACAUCUUUUUAUUUUCAACAAUUUCGGUGGCUGC